AUGGGGACACUCUACAUCAACGAUGUCAGGGCCCACAUCGCAUCCAUUCUGGAGUCCAGUGCCGCCACGACUGCCCUCAACCCAUCUGGUUCACCAUCAGCGGAGGGCGUCGGUGCCACGAGACGGUACCAAACGCGCCAGCAAGAAGGUAGCCACAACAAUCCUCUCAAUUUGCCUUCCCAGCACGGCGGAGGUGGCAGCGGGCUCUUCGAGAGCACUACACCGCUUUCAGGGGCAGCGCUCUACCCUGUCUCCACAAGUUGCGGGAAGCCACUGGUGACACCGAGGCGCGGCAGCAGCCCGAAUCGUUCUGGAGAGGGCGCGAAGAGCGCGCGCCGCAGCACUGAAGCAGCGCUGCUAGCCCUGCAGGAACCAAACGUGCCAACAGCGACGUCGCCUUCCCCUGCGGUGCCAUUGCUCGGCGAGUCCGCUGUCGGCGUGACGCUCACGUCGCUAAAGCAGCGGCACCGCCUCCUCUCUCCCACCAUGACCACAUCGCGACGGCGCAGCCCCAACGGGGACGGCGCACAGGGUGUAGGCAAGCCAUCCGCAGGUCGCACAAACUCUACCUUCUCCACCGCCGUAGGUGGCAGCUACGCAAUUCACGUCUGCCGGCAUCCCCUCUACUCUGGCAGAGGAGCACCGCAGCGGGGGCGCACCUCUCCUCCCCUUGCUGCUGACAAGGCCACAGGAGUGCAAGGGGGCCUCUCCAUAUCUGUCGAAGCGAACACCGUGCGGCGGCUGCAAAGAAGUGUGAGAGGCAAACCGACCGCAUCGGUGGCAGUGACCAAAGCCGCGCCUGCCAAAGCCGUCACUGCUUCCGACGUCUGCGCCAUGGUACGCACAGGCCAGACGAGACUGCCGGGGCGACGCGGGAGCGUCAUUGAGCAGCUGGCAGCAGCCACCCAGCUAAAAAUUAGCGAUGGCCCCACGGUGGGUCAGGCCGCAUAUCAUCCACACGCUAACACCGCCGGGAGUCGCGACAGCAAACAUCUGGGUCCAUUACAGCUGCACGAUGUGAUGUGCAUGCGCCUUCAAGAGCCGCCCUCCAAUGUGAGCGCGAGGCGCACUAACGAGGUGGAUAGGCGCUUGCCAAACGACACGCUCGUCCUUGCCGCCCCGGAGAGAAUGCAGAAUGGCGAGGAGAGCCCCACGUACACUCACCUCAAGGCGUUCCAGAUGCCGCACAAGUGCACAGCGGCGCCUGUUGCUGGCAUAUCCACCUCAGAGGUUUCUCCUCUUCCAUCAGGAGCCGACACCCUUUACCCCGCCGCCCUCGCAGGUGCAACUGCGGCUGGUGCAGCGCCGCCACCCCCACCCCCACCCCCAGCCGUCCCAGCAGUGGCGGGAGCCGACGACAUACCCGCAGCGAGCGCUGCGGAAACGAGAAUGAAUGUCUCCACUGCUGCCACCAUUUUCGGCGCACCAUUCUCUGCACAGCCCCUCUCUGCGCGGGGACUGAGGAAAGAGGAGGUGGCAGAGGCGGGGGAUAUGCGCUUGCUGGGCGACCUCAUCGCCGCAUCGCACCACGACCACCAGAGUGCCCGGCCGACGAUGGCGGCUGACGGCGGCGAAAGUGGCACCGCACUCCUCCCCGCAAGCCGGUCUCAUAUGAGCCUCUUCGACUCCGCCACCACCUCGACUGGCCCCACCACGGCCGCUGACUUCACUGCCGCAAUGGCAAUAGGGCUGCAGCUGCAACGGGUAACGGGUGACAGCCCACCCGUGGGCUGGUGGAAGCCUCCGGCAAACGUGCUGUUGCCUGACCCGACGCAGUCCGUGCCUACGUGGACGGUGCACAAGUCCGCAUCUGCCCAGGAAGCGCAGCAGGCGGCAGCCAUGGCUGCUAGUGCGCGGCCCACUGGCGGAGCCGGUGUAAACCACUCGGCGUCACGGGCUAAUGACUUGACGGCCGCCGCGCCUGACACUGUUGAUGGUGCUGCUGGCGGCGACGGGAUGCCGCGGAUGUCGGACUGUAUUGACUACCACGCGCCGUUUCAGUGCGUCCUGUGUCCCGAGUACGCGGAGAACGAUCUUGUCCCAGCAGCCUUGAACGCGGGGGCUGCCGUUGACACUGGUGUGGAUGACCUCAUGACGUCUCGUCAUACCCACUACGCCACCACGGGUAUCGCUGCUGGAGCAACGGUAGAGCAAAGGGACGGCGUCAACAUGGAUGCCCUCGCUACAGGGGCAGCAGUCAAUAGUGGCACCACACUGAAGCCUCUAGCUGCGCAAGCCGUCAUUCUCCGUGAUCCGCUCUCUCUCCUUGCUUGUGAGCACCUCGCCGAGGACACAGUCGACGUUACCGCUCGCCGCCGCGCAUACCUCUCGGCGAUGAACGCUAUGCACGGCAUCACGCACGGCAGUGCGCUUUUCACCGCCCGCCCUGGUACGCUGACCUCUAUGCUGCAAGAAGCUUCGCUGCCGAGUGUGGUGUUCUGCAAGCUGUCUUAUCCGGCCAAGAUACUGCUGUCAGCGAUCCUGUACAUGCGCGCGCUCGGAGCGCUGCCGAGCCUGCUGCGAGUUGGCCCGCUCACCGAGUACAGCCCCAUUGUGGACAAGGAAAACUGCAUCGAGCUUGUCUUCCACAACCCCUCCGGUGAGGAGGGCGAUGAGCAGGCGACGCAGGAACAGCAGCUGAUGCCCUCGCAGUAUCGCUCUGCGCGAGAGGGCACGGCGGGCUCGACAGUCGCUCACAGAGAAGCUCCAGCUGCUCGCACGUCGCUCAUUGAGGCUGUGACGCCGAUCAACGCACGAGAAAGGGCGCACUCGCUGCCACUGACGGCGAGGCACCCGAUCAGCAAUCCAGGCACAUUGCUUCGUAACCGCUCACGCAGCCAGUCCGGCAACACUGCCCACGGCUUCACGGGUGGCACCUUCGCCAAGGAAGGGGCGACGCAGGCAAGCCGCGGGCACAACUACACAGACGCGUCUCCAACCCAGCCGCAACAGCGACUGAGCGUCAUUGAGGCCCGGCUGAUGAAGACGUUGUCCGCGACGUCGGUGCGGCGUGCCAGCUCUCUGACUCCCCAGAGCUUCAAUACUGCCCCUUCCACCGCACGCACUGUUUCACCGCAUCGGCUCUUUUCUCGUGCGAGCUUCACAAGUCUGGCUGGGCCGCCGCUGCACAGCGCUGAGCUCUCGGUGGUGGUGGAUGGCACCCCUGAUGAGGUACUGUCCUUGCCUGGCACGGGUGGUGGUAAGACGUGGCGCUCUGAAAAUGGCGCCCGGUUACCGCGCAAUGCAUCGCGCAAUCGGUCGGUGCCGCAUGGCUUUGCUCGCCGGAUAGGUGGCCGGGGCACCAACGCCGUUGAAAACCUAAGCGGGAACGACAACGUGCUCCGUGUCUACGCUGACCCCACCUCUGGCCGCCAGCGCCGCCAAAGACCAUCCAAGUCGCCACCAAAGCCGCUGCGGCAUGGCUCGGAGCGCGCCAGCGCCGCCAUCCGACACGUUCCGCGCGUGUGCACUACGCCUCCAUUAGGUACACCGACAAGCAGCGCAUCCGGUGAGGUGUCCUCGACUGCAGCCACCACAGCGACAGUCACGCCGGGCCUUCGACGCAGCUCCUUCAUCGUUGCGCUGGAAGACCUGCAGCAGGCAACUCAGGAGGGCGGCGUGUCGGCUGUGGCGCGAGGGGCAAACACACCUUUGCCACCACCACACUCACCCUCAGGCUGCACCGAGUCAUUACUUUCCGCCCCGCAGCCCACCAAGGUGAUGCCACCGUCACCGACGCACUUCAAAGCGAACGGGUCGACCGCCACUCGUGGCAGAGGGGCCGAGGCUGCGCCUGCAAGCGGUGCAAAGCCGGCAAGCGCUUACGGCCCCGGCGCCACCCGCUUCCUCAAGGGGGAGCAGGAGCUGUGUGUGGUCCUGCGCGCUGUCGUGGCACAAAAAUCGCACGUCUACUCCUUCGGCAAGGCCGAGACAGUGCACGUGUUGCCGCCGCUUCCGCGGCGCAGCGCCGACAGGGACAACAGCAAGGCACUACUGCGGAAGCAGACAAUGCAGAAAAUGGAGGAGCUCGAGCGCAUCGCCGCCGGCCCAUCGAAUCCGCUAUUCAAACUCCUUUGUGGCAGUACCAAGCUGUGUGGGGGGGCGAAGAUAGAGGCGGACCAGUGGAAAGCUGCCUUGCUCGAUCGGGCUCGCCGUGCCGCCGCCGCCAUGCGUCAGCACCGCCCAGUCAUGGUGAAUGAGCAUAACAUGCCGGUCGUAGAUGACUAUGGCGACCUUGUCGUGGCUUUUCUUCUGAGCGGCAACGCGUCGGAGCUGAGCGGAUCGGUGCCGGACAUGAUGGAGCUGGAGGCGCUGCGGUACCGCAUCUUCUCUCUCCGUGGGUACAGCGUGAAUGACCCAGCGGGAAUGCAAGCGGUGAGGGAGGCCGCCGCAGUAGGUGGAGCAUCCACUGCCGAUCGGGCGCGCCUGCAGCAGGAUUCUGCCUCCUUCACCGCGUUCCAGACGUCGGUCUCACCACACCCACCCGCCGGGGAGACAUCAUUCGGUGCGACGUGUGCGUCGCCGCGCGGCUCCAUAAUGGGGGUACAGCGGCGACCCAGCUUCUUCGAGGCUGCGCUGCGCCCAUCGGAUCCGCUGGCGGACUUGGCCAACGGCGACGGUGGGAGGGGGCGCUACCUCACCGAGUUCGAUAUACAGCAGCUACAGAAGAAGCAGCAGCAGCAGGUGCAGCCGCAGGACAUGCAGGCGUUGAUCCAGCGGCGCUACCCGAUCUACCGCGCUUCAAGCGUCGCGGAGAGCACUCUGCAGGACUUCUUCGCUGAAGCAAAGGCGACAGUCGCUGCAGCGCAUCAGCGGGGACGGCGGCGCGGUGGCGCCAAGCCAUCCAACGGCCACCGCAGCACCAGCGGUGGCCGCUCGUCGUCACAUAGCUCGUUAUUAGAUCAUCUUGCGCGACACACACAUGCCGAUGCGGCGGCGGCCGCGCUGCAGGACGUGGAGCGUGAUCUACUGCGGUUCCGCCCCAUGAACCUUAACAGCUUCCACCGCGAGCUCACGGACGCCGUGCAGUGCGCGCUGGAUCUGCAAAUUUGGCAGGGCAAGGAAAACGUACUACAGGCGUUCCACAUGUAG